AUUAAAAAAUAAAAUAAAACAUAAGAUUAUAUAAAAUAUAGAGCGAAAGCGACAAACCUCCCAUAUAUGAGUCCAAUGAUAUCCAAGCACCACAUGACAGAUGACGUGUCGCGUCCUCAUUGGCUGAUUCGCCCGAAUCGGACCGGUUUGGGUGAAACCGAGCCGCUUAUAAAAUGAUGUACGCUCUCGAAUAAUCCGGACGGCCGCAUAAAAUCGCAUUUGGAUUUGGCUCCGCUCCACUCGGCUCCUCCUCCUCUUCCUCUUCCUCUUCCUCGGCGAUUUUUUUUUUUCUUUUUUUCCCGAUUCAUGGUCGUUGAUCAUGGCCUCCGCCGUAGUCAACAACGUCGCCAUCUCCCCCGAGGGUUUCCUCCCCUCCUACGGUUGGCUCAGCCCUAGGGUUUCCUUCAGCCGCGACCUCUCCCCCUCCUCCGCCGCCGACGCUACGGCGGCGCCGUCGCCGGAGACGCCGGAUCUCGAGGCCUCCGCGGGGGAGAUGGAGUUCAUCGACUUCGAGUUCCGGCUGGAGGAUCCCGUCGCCAUGCUCCCCGCCGACGAGCUCUUUGCCGACGGGAAGCUCGUCCCGCUCAGGCUCGCGGCGGCGCCAACGCCCCCCGCGGCGGCGGAGCAGGCGGCGAACGCCGCGGCGGUCGGGGAGGUCGGGGCGGCGCCGGAGCUGCGGCGGAGGGCGGAGCUCGCCGGGCCGGAUCCGUACGUGUUCUCUCCCAAGGCCCCGAGCUGCUCGAGCCGGUGGAGGGAGCUCCUCGGGCUCCGGAGGUCGAGGACCACCCCCACGAAGCCCGAUCGCGACAAGCCCUCGUCCUCUCCCUCCGCCGCCGCCUCCCGAAGCCCUAACCCUAACCCUAACCCUAACCCUAAUCCCAGCCCUGGCGCCAGCAGGUCCCUGAAGCACCUCCUCCACCGCGGCGCGGCCGCGAGGUCGGGGGGCGCGAUCGAGCCCUCCCUGAGCCUCCCGCUCCUCCGCGACUCCGACUCCGAGUCGCUCUCCCCCGCCCCGUCCCGCAUCCGCCGCCGCGCCGACGCCUCCUCCGCCGCCGCUCCUCCGCCGCCGCCGCCGCCGCCGCCGCCGCCGCCGACGACGAGGGGGGCGUCGGUGGAUAGCCCCCGCAUGAACCCCUCGGGGAAGGUGGUGUUCCAGGGCCUGGAGCGGAGCUCGAGCAGCCCCGGGAGCUUCCCCGGAGGUGGUCUGCCGAAGACCCGGCUCAGGGGGAUGGAGCGCUCCUACUCCGCCAACGUCCGGGUCACCCCGGUUCUCAACGUCCCGGUUUGCUCCCUCCGCGGCUCGACCAAAUCAGUCUCGGUCUUCGGGCUCGGCCCACUCUUCUCCCCCCAGAAGAACCACCGCGACCCGCCCGGUCCAGGCCCGCGGCCCAGAAAAACCCCUACUACACCCGGUCCACGAGAGUAAGUACUUAUUAGUAGUAAAAAAAAAGAAAUGGGACCCUAAAUCAAGGAAAAAAAAACACUCUAUUAAUUAACCCAUUAAUGCCCCCUUUUUUGAGCGAAUUAUUAAUCUACUUAAUUAUUAUUAUUUUUUCUUUUUCUUUUUUUUUACCUUUUCCCCUCCAUCCAAAUACUACAUUUGGGUUCGGGACUAAAAAAUUCCCCUCGGGUUUUUCCUUGUAAAUAUUCGUUUCCUUUUCCUACGGAGAGGUUUUGUAUGUUUGGUUUGCCUAAUAUAUUCCUGCUCCGACUCGUAAAAAAAGUGUUGAACCGGGUUCGGACCCGGUCCGUGCGCCAUGUGCACCAUUCUCCUCGUUGUCCGCGACUCUUCGUAGCGCGCGUUGUUUAUUUACUAAUAAAAUAACUGUUUUAUCCCUCCUCUCCCCCGCUGCUAACAUGCGCAGCGGAAACGGUUAAUCUCAUGCGGCGGCUCACGUUAGCUUGGGCCCUCGGCGCUUCGUUGUUCGUACAGUUGUACUCCAUGUGGGCCUGUUGUUCACUGUACUCUCUGCUCAGCGUGAUAAA